AUGCUCAUGAGGCGCGGCCAACACCGCUGGCUCGUGCUCUGCGCCGCCUCCAUCGCCACAUUCCUCCUCAUCGUGUAUUAUGGCGAGAACGGCACGUCGAUCCGGCGGAUAGCGUCGUCAUCACCAUGGCGGACGUCAGAGACAGACACGACGGCUACCCAGCUGUCUCGGAUGCAGCCACAGCACGCCGGCGAUGCUGAACUCGAAAUUGUCGUCGCUUCGACAAAACAGGAAAACGUCACCUGGCUCCGCGACUACCUCCUCGACUGGCCCAAGAACAUUUACGUCGUCGACGACGCCAAUGCGGCGCUGACUGUUCCCCAGAAUAAGGGCCGCGAGGCCAUGGUAGUGUUAACAUACAUCAUCGACCGCUACGACUCCCUCCCCGACACCGUCCUCUUCCACCACGCCCAGCGCUUUCAGUGGCACAACGACGACCCGGACUACGACGCUCUGCAGCUGCUCAAGCGCUUCCGCGUCUCCCACCUCCGCUCCGAGGGCUACAUCAACCUGCGCUGCGCCUGGAUACUCGGCUGCCCCGUCGAGAUCCGCCCGCUCGUCGACGCCGACGCGCCCCCGGAGAACGACAUACCCCACGCCAAGCAUAUCUACAGCCGAGCCUUCGCCGACCUCUUCCCCGGCGUCAAAGUUCCCGAGGAGGUCGGCGUGCCCUGCUGCUCGCAGUUUGGUGUCACGCGCGAGACGAUCCGCGCGAGGCCGCGCGAGGACUACUUACGCUUCCGCGAGUGGCUGGUGGCCACGGACCUGGACGACGCCAUCAGCGGGCGGGUGUUUGAAUAUGCAUGGCAUGUCAUCUUCAACAAGGAAGCCGUCCACUGCCCCAACGCCGCCGACUGUUACUGCAAGCAGUACGGCAUGUGCGACAGGCCCGACUGUGACGAGGAGGGCUGCUCCGGCCAGUACAAUCUUCCCAAGUACUCUAAUCUGCCGCAGGGCUGGCCCAUGUUUGGUUGGGACGGCGAGGACAGGCACUGGAGCGGCGAGCUCCCACCCAACCCACGUCUGCGCCGACCCACCAAGGCGCCAACUCAAACCCGGGCCUUCCAGGCUCGACUUUCCUUCAACCUCAAUGAACACCGCGUUGCCGUCCGUCGCGAGGCUCAUCCAGACAACAACAAGAUGGACCGCUCACAGCCCGCGUCCUCCAACUUGAUGGAGACGCACAACCGCCUCGUCGCCGCCAUCCUCACCCACUACCGCACACUCAUGAUGCUCGCCACCGUGCAAGCCGAAGCCUCCUCCUCCUCGCCCUCCUCCUCGGACCACCCCGGCGCGCCCAACACCACCCCCGAAGCCAUCGCCGUCGCCGGCAUCGCCAUGAAGAUGGAGUUUGACGGACUCUACUCAUCGGUCAAGGAACUCCUCACGCUGUCGAGGCGGAUCAAGGAGCUGUGGGUGUUUGGGGCGCUCGGGCAGCAGGACCCGAAGCGCGCGGAGAGGGGCGCGCGCGUGGAGGCGGACGUGAAGGCGGUCGCGGCGGCGCUGGCGGGGAUGGAGGAGCGGAGGAUGGGGGAGAUGGCGGCGAGGCAUGGAGGCAAGUGGGAGCCGCUGCGCAGGGAGGACGUGCUGGCCCUGCAGGCGCUCGCGGGGAAGCAGCAGCAGUGA